GGGGAGCUCGGGGAGAAGACCGGCAGGCGGGGGAGAGCGCCAGUGCCAUGGGCCAGCUCUGCUGCUUUCCUUUCUCAAGAGACGAGGAAAAAAUCAGUGAUAAGAAUGGAGGUGAGCCCGAUGAUGCUGAGCUGGUAAGGCUCAGUAAGAGGCUGGUGGAGAACGCAGUGCUGAAGGCUGUCCAGCAGUAUCUGGAAGAAACACAGAACAAAAACAAGCCAGGGGAUGGGAGCUCUGUGAAAGCUGAAGAGGCUGAUAGGAAUGGCACCAACAGUGACGACAGGAAGUGAGACCCACAUGCAGGCAGGACCCCGCUGCCCCGGGAGAAGCACCCCUGCCCGCCUCUGCCGAGUCGGGGGACUCAUCGCAUUGUGCUGUCUAAGUGUCUUGUCCAGUCUGUGAAGAUUGCCUCAUGCUUUUCCCGAUUGAUGUGUUUGCAUUUCUGAAGCACAACAGAAGAGAAAUGGAGAACUGGGACUCUCAGAGGAAAUCAGUUUACGAAGGAAGCGUGGCCCGGGUUUCACUUGCCCCAGCCGUGGCUGAGGGGGAGUGGCUGUGGGUUAUGCCGGGUGGACUCAAGUGAAAGGCCACAGAAGAGGCCUUGGCGGAGAUGGAGUACUGCCACUUCAGUUGCUUAGCAGGGCAUUUCACUACCUUAUCUGAGGCCAGAACACACACAGAGCUAGCAAGUGCUAUGAUUGAAAUGAUCACUGUUGAGAUGAUUAUCCAUGAGUUGGUCCACAGUGUUUCACGUUUGUCCUAUGUGUGAUGUUCCUAUGCAUUACUUACAGUAAAUUUGAUUCUUGUAAAUGAUAUAUUUUGGUGAAAUGCAACCUUUUCUAUAAAACGUGGGCAGCAUUUUAGAGGUUUCUUUUUAACCUUCUUUUGAUAAGUCAGUAUGCCAUAUUUAAUGUUUUUUCAUUGGCAUUUGUACGUGAAAUGUAUCAUAUAAUUUUUUUCCCAUAGGCC